AGACGACAAGGUUGUCCAAGUUCAUUUUACAUAUAAUUCCCAUCUCUCUCCCUGAGAAGCUCUCUGGCGUCCCGGCUCCUCCUAACUCCUCUCUCUCUCUUUCUCUCUUCCCCCUCCCCACUUUUAUUUCUCCAGCCUCAGGAGAGAAAGAAAGAGAGAGAGAAUGGAGAAGAGCUCAAAAAGAAAAAUAGCUGCUGCUGCUUCUUCUUGCAGCAAGAAAGAGAAAGAGAAGGAUCUUUUUCAUGUCAUUCACAAGGUUCCUUGUGGAGAUGGUCCUUAUGUUAAGGCCAAGCAUGCUCAGCUGGUGGAAAAGGAUCCAGAAACAGCAAUAGUAUGGUUUUGGAAGGCAAUAAAUGCAGGAGAUCGAGUAGAUAGUGCACUAAAAGACAUGGCAGUGGUGAUGAAACAAGUUGACAGAACUGAAGAAGCCAUUGAAGCUAUUAAGUCUUUCAGAGGUCGUUGCUCUAAACAAGCUCAAGAAUCUCUCGACAACGUCCUCAUUGACUUGUACAAGAAAUGUGGCAAGGUAGAGGAGCAGAUAGAUUUGCUAAAGCGAAAGCUAAGAUUGAUAUAUCAAGGAGAAGCCUUCAAUGGCAAACCCACAAAAACUGCUCGCUCCCAUGGCAAGAAGUUUCAGGUUUCUGUCAAGCAAGAAAUCUCCAGAUUACUGGGAAACUUGGGGUGGGCUUACAUGCAGAAAUCCAACUUCCUGGCAGCAGAGGUGGUGUAUCAGAAAACUCAAAUGAUCGAUCCCGACGCCAACAAGGCCUGCAACUUGGGGCUUUGUCUGAUCAAGCAAGCCAGAUACGACGAGGCUCGUUUGGUUCUCGAGAAUGUGUUGGAAGGAAAAUUUCCAGGAUCAGAAGAUUGUAAGUCUAGGAAAAGGGCUGAAGAAUUGCUAGUGGAAGUAGAAUCUAGACAACCACUGCCUGAAAUAACAGAAAUAUUAGGCUUUGAUGUUGAUGAUGAUUUUGUGGAAGGGCUUGAAAGAAUGAUGAAUGAAUGGCAAUGGGCUCCAUCAAGAUCAAAAAGACUGCCAAUCUUUGAACAGAUCUCUUCAUUUAGAGAUCAGAUAGCAUGUUAAGUUGUUUCUUUUAAUUUGAAAUUGUGGGUGUGUGAGAUAUGUGGCUGUCUGUCUCUGGUAAUAAGAGUUGGCUUUUGGUUUUCUUUGGGAGUUGAGGUGUAUAAGAAUAAUGUAGACUGCUUGUAAGAAAAUGUGUAUAGAAGAAUCAAACAAGCUUUUGGGUUUCUGAAUCUAAUGCAAUAGCAAUGUUAUUUCA